GAUCUUCGCGCGCGCGUCUGUUUGUCUUUGGGCACGUGUUUGUCCGCGCGCGUGGGUGGUUUCACUCACGAGCUCGCGCGUUAUUUUUGACAGUGAUUUGACGCCAUAGAAACGUCACACUUUGCCCAUGCACGCGCAGGAGCGCACCGUAGCCAGGCUGAGUGGAUAGUGAAAGUGGUUCAGGAGGAUGCGCAUGAAAGGUUUCGUUAAGAGGGAUCUUCCACACAGUCAGCAACCCAGAUAGAGACAGGUUAGGCGUGCACAGGUUGCCAUGGCGAUAGAAAAUCGAUGAUCAAACUCAGCUUAACGCAGACUAGAUAACGAAUAAACCCUGCUUCGUCAGACAGGCCACUGAUGAGCUUCAGUUUUUGUUUUUACCUCCGUUUGACCAAUCAGCGCGGUGUUGCUAGGCUGGCCCUUGCUCUGAUUGGUGGACACGGAUGUCCGUUAGUGUCGAUGACGCGCAGGAUGAUUUCUGCUCAAUUACAUGAAACACCCCAAAACACGUCCGCACCAGCUCAGAGCAAACACUGCAGAGGACACACACACACACACACACACACUCACUCACACACACUCACACACACACGGCUUCUCCAAAACAUAAGCUGGCUUUCCUUUACAGCAAAAGACACGGUGCCUUUUAGGGGUCAUUUCUACUUUUCAGAGGUGUGUGUGUCCUACCCCACGCACCACCACGGCCCUCACGUGUGUGUUGCGCUGUUUCCCGUGUGAGCCGUCUUGGGCCGGCAGCCCCUUUGUGCAACGUGCACCAAGCCCGCCUAUGCUCACCAUGACGCGCUCCAAAACCUUCCAGGCCUACCUUCCCACCUGUCACCGCACCUACAGCUGCAUCCACUGCCGUGCACACCUCGCCAACCACGACGAGCUCAUCUCUAAGUCCUUUCAAGGAAGUCAAGGCAGAGCCUAUCUUUUCAACUCAGUGGUGAAUGUAGGUUGUGGUCCAGCAGAAGAGCGAGUGCUCCUCACCGGACUUCACGCAGUAGCAGACAUCUACUGUGAGAACUGCAAAACUACACUGGGAUGGAAAUAUGAGCACGCCUUUGAGAGCAGCCAGAAGUACAAGGAGGGUAAGUUUAUCAUCGAGCUGGCCCACAUGAUAAAGGACAAUGGCUGGGACUGAGGUCUGAGGGAGCUGUGAUGGAGUAUGGAUGAAGCCAGUUCAGAUGCUGGCUGUGUGGGUAAACAAGUGACGCUGGUUUCAUGUCGUCUUCUCUCUUGUAUUCUAUUUAACAUUUCUCCCACACACACACAAACACUCCUAGUUCCAGGGUUGCAGGUGUAGAGUCAGGGGUUCUCUGCAUAAGCUACAGAGGAGAGGCAGUCCCAGGAACAGUGUAUGUGCGUGUGUGUGCUUCCCAGCUGAAUGAAUGAACAUGUGAAUAUAUGAACACAUCCACUAAAAGGUGUGUAGACAUGUACACUCACCUAGAUAUAUAUACACCAAAGUAGUUACUUGCAUGUCCCACCCAUCCCAGCCCAAGACAACCCGAUGUGUUUGUGUGUCACCAAACUUGGGUUCCACACCAAACUUGGCAGGGCCGUGGGGUCACAGAGUUAAAGAGUCUAUAUAGGAGGGUGCUAAGGUGAUUAUCCCAAAUCCAGCUGAGUUUGGCCACUGCCAGCUUGGGCCAAUGACGACAGGUCUCUGAAUGGGCCUCUGAUGGAGACAGCCAAUGAAAGAGGCCCAUAUGAGGGGUAAAACCAGUCAUAUUGGCAGGCAGAGCUUUCUAGCGAGACUGCCCUGUCUCACAGUUUAUAAGACACUAACAUCUGAUCCAUUCUGAGUAGCUCUCCUUUGCCCUUACAUACAAAAGUAAAUAUUAACCAGUAUGUGUAACUGGAUACAUGGUGUCGUAUUCAGACCUAAAAAUCUGUAUUCAGCAUUAGCCGCCUGUGCUAGUCCUGCUUUUGUUGUGUGAUUAUAUUUUUAGGAAUUACUGCUGGGCAUGAGGACGAGGUUUUCAGAGCUUUCUCACAUGAUGUGCAGAAGCUGAGGUACAAUACUGGAAUACUGCCUCCUACUAACAAGCAUUUUUUAAACUGAAAAAUAACUCCAGAGUUUAAUAACUCCAGAGUGUUGGUGUCUCCACGUCAACCAAAGAACCCGUCCAUCUAUAAUUAGUUACAUGAACAGCAGAUAGGCUGUAGUGACAUGAGGGGUCCUGUCUUUGCCAGGCAGUUGCAAUGACCAACAUCAACUGCUGCAGCGUGGCACAAACAAAUAAAAACAUUUCCAAAAACGACAAACCAUUUUCAUUCUUUCAUCUAGCAAUAUGCAGUCUGUGCAAAAGGGUGUGGUGAAGUAAAAUAUAAAUAUAAGGCACUUACUUAAUAUUUUCUAGGCCAAUUAUAUUACUCAUACUUCCAACAAACAGCACAAAGGAAUAUCACAAACAUGACAUAAAUCUGUAUGUUGGUUAUUUUGUGCAGCUCUCAGGCCACAGGUUUAAGUAUUUUGAGUUCUUUAAGCACUCAUUCAGCACUCCUUGUAUACAUCUGGUAUGGGUGGAGCUGGGUAAGAUGUAGCCACCAGUUAAAUAUGCUGUUGAACUGUAUUAUAAAAUUCCAUACAGUAUCAUAUGUAUUGCUGUCAUUGUUGUGCAUUUCCAGCAUGCAUUUUGUUCACUCCAAUUAAUCAUGAACUCACCAGAUUAUCCAAUGAUCACCAUAAAGAUCCAACACUUGCAGUUUUGCGUGAUGCCAGAUGACCAAAAUUUGUGAGAUCAUGAAAUACCAAUAAUGCUGUAGUGCUGCAUGUGACAGUCUUUGUUUGUACAGAUGAAGAUCAGGGUUAAGGAGUUAAAAGUAGCUUAAGGCCAGCUUUUGUCUCUAAGGUGAAAUGCAUUAUUUCAUUUUGUAAAUGACAGAUAUUAAUAUAUUUAAGCACUUACAUGUAUAUUAAUGAGAGGCAUCACUAUUUAGGUUAAUCUGUAUGUUUCAGACUGUAAAUAAACAUGUACGGUUUGUUAUUUAUGACUGAAUAUCAUACUGUGCUUUCUGUCUGGAGCCCUAAUUGGGUGUGCAAUAUUUGCCAAUUUUUUUUUUUUUUUUUUUACUCUUGAAAAUGUUUCAGGCUUAGUGUCUUUUAUAAAAUGAUGACUAUAUAUUAACUACUGCUGGAGAUUGAUCUAAAUUAAAAUAAAAGAUAUGGUAAGUUGC